UUCGUUAGCUAAUUUUGCAAGCCGAUAGAUAGAUAUACGCAGUUGAGAACUGUUAUACUCGCUUCGUCAGCAGACGCCCAAACACGCGCGCACGCGAUAGUGACAGACGACACAUAGUAUUUUCAUCAGGGAUUUGGACGGAAGAUGGCCAAAGAAAACACCCAAAAGUUUACAAAGUUAAAUUAAUGGGAAGAUGAAUUUCAUUUUAUCGUGAUUUCGUGAUGGAUUGUACACAGUGGGUUUAGACAAGAAAUAGAAUUGCCUUUUUUUAAACCGCGUUUUCUAUUAAAUCACAAUGAAGUUUAAGCAAAGUAAGAGCCGUUUGGAUUUAGCUGGUAUUCUGAAGCCCUUCUUAAUUUGUUCAUUGAUUGCUGUUCCUGUUUUAAGCGAUGACCUAUCAACCUUUCGAGGACUGUUUGUCCGAAUGCCGCUGUUAGAACUAUCCGCAGUUCCAGCUAGAGAGAUUACCAAUGCUACAGUGGAGCUUUGUUCCAAACAGUGUGUACAGGAAACAGAGUUCGAGUGCAAAUCCUUUGAUUUUGACAACUCUUUCAGGAAAUGUUAUUUACAUAAUCAUACCCACGAAGAUGCCUUCGUUAUUCUACAGACCGCACACUACACAGACCACUACAGGAGUGCUUUUGAAAAGUUGUUCAACAGAUUACCAAACCAUGUCUUGACUGUACAUCACAACCGCAACAUCCCUAGAGUUAGUCCAGAAGAAUGUGCUCGACGUUGUAUAUUUGAGAUGACGUUUAAGUGUCGAGGGUUUGAUUAUGAACUUGAAGUUAGGAAUUGCUGGUUGACUGAACAGACUCCUGUGGAUACAAAUGGGGUUCAAGUUCACCAUGGUGCUGAUUAUUAUCAACGAACUCUUGAUGGACCAAUCUCAAAAUUUAUUUGCUAUGGAUUCGGAACCUUGCCGCAGAUAGAUGGGUACCAGAUUUAUGAUAAAGUGAUGAUAGGUGUGACUCUAGAAGCUUGUGCCCAGUUAUGUUUAUCACAGACUCUGUUUAAAUGUGUUAGUUUCGACUAUUCGUUCAACGCCCAGACUUGUCAGAUGAGCAAAUAUAUUGCUGCUAAUGUACAUGGUCUUGAUACCAACGUCAUGCCAACUUAUAAAGUCAUGCAUUAUGAGAGAAUGGAGGAAUUUUUGGAGUACUUUUAUCCAACACCAUAUACUGUAGUGCUUGGAAACAAUGAAAAGAACUACCAGAGAGUCACUCCAAAUAGAUGUGCUAGAAUCUGUCUAGAACAGCCUGACUUUAUUUGUCGUUCGUUUGACUAUCAGAUCGAAGAGGGCACGUGCUUCCUUAGUUCCAAAACAGGAAGUGACGUCGGUGGUUUAUAUUACCAAGGGUUAGCACAAGUUCAUCAUUUUGAAAUGAAACCUUUUCUGGAUUGUGGUGGAAUACUAACUGGAGAAUCUGGAAAUUUUGCCAGUCCUAAUUGGCCUAGAAAUUAUGCACAUAACCUCAAUUGUUCCUGGUAUUUGCAGGCUCCUAGUUUUAAGGUAAUUCAUUUUGACUUCAGCCAUCUUGAUUUAGGCAGACAUACGAGUAACACAUGUGAUGAAGCUAAUGACAGAUUGUUAAUAAUGGAGAAGACCCCCCAUGGUUUAGUCAGGUUCUGCGCAAGUCAGACAAUGAAUAAUUAUGUCAGUCAAACGAGUAAUGUAACUCUACAGUUCCUCACCAAUAUGAAUAAUGAUGCACCUGGUUUUAGAGUGUUUUACAAGACAGACUGGCCAUGUCAUGCUAUGCUCACUGAAGAUGACGGAGAAUUGGCUUCACCGGGAUGGCCCGACCUAUAUGCACCAGGGUUAUCAUGUGUAUGGACGAUAGCAGCACCAACAGAGGCCAAAAUAUUCAUCCAUUUUACCAACAUAGAUUUAGAGGGACAACGUCUUAGACAAUGCGGAGAUGGUUACGAUGUCUUGGAAGUUUUCGAUGGGGACUCACUUGCGGCUGAAAAAAUAGGGACAUUUUGUGGUAAUGAAAAGUCGCAGUCGUUUACGUCUAGGUAUAACGUUUUAUUGGUCCGAUUCAGCACCGACCAACACGGCCAAAAUACUGGAUUCCACGCAACGUAUAAAUUUCUUUAUAAACAGACGACAACAGUUCCGACAACAACCGUCCAAUUACCAACGUCGUUGAACAGUAGUCUACAUAAAGCUCUGACAGCAAUGUUCUUUGAACCAGGUCGGAAUGAAGAAGAUGAUUAUGACGUAAAAACGUCUGUGUCGUAUAGCGACCAGUCCACGACUGUGUAUAAUACAAUGGGUAAAGAUGGCGGUGCUAUUACAGGACAGAAAUGGAAUCAUGAAGCCAUCAUAAUACAUAUGAGGACCAUAUUAGCACUGUUUAUACCGUUAAUAAUAUUACUAGUAAUAACAAUAACAGCUUUAGUUUUAAUAUGCAGAUAUUACAGGAGACGGUUGCCAAAAAGAAGAAAUGUUCCAAAUUACACGUUUACGGAAGAAAAUUUAUCAUUAUAUGAAAAAGAUAAUAUAGAUAAUACAAACAAUGAAGAAGAAACAUGUCGUAUAGAGUGCACAAAUCCAGACAUAUCUUUUUCCAAUCCUCUAUAUGAAAGGCGAUUUCCUAAAGAAAAAGAUGAAGAAGAAGAAAAAAUAGACGUAGAAGACAUUCCUUGCUGAUGAAUAGGACAUGUGUGAAAACAAUAUCCCACGAAUACAGAACAAUGUCGAAAAUCGGGACAUCGUCAAUAUUGACCAAUAUUCGUCAUAGAAAACGGAAGUUUGCGAAAUACGCAUCUUAUGAUGAUGUUCCGGUUGUCAGCGAAUAUUGGUAUAUCUCUGUAAAGUUUAUAUUUCAUCGCAAUUCCUUUUAACGACUUUGAGUGGGGAAAUUGGAUGUGUGGAAUUUAAUCUGGUUAAAAUACAGAUCUAUAUUUCGUUUCGUUUUUUUUUUAAUACUUUCAAUGGCCUUACACUACAUAAAGAUCUGGCCGGUUGUAGUACUAGUAGACGGUCGCGCCAGGGGUUAUAAGAGCGGCUUUUGAACCAAUGACGUCGGACAUUUGAUUAACAAAUCAGCGUUGAUGUUUCUAGUGGAAUACCCACAGCACACCAAAAACUCACCGUAACAGACCGUUUCGUUGGCUAAUCCAUCACAUCAUCCAGAACGCGGGUUAACAUAACAACUCCUCCAGAUCUUAGAGUAUUAAAGACAAGUAAAGCGACAUUUUGAACUAUAAAAAACGGAACGAAAUAGGAUCUGUGUUUUAUUCAGAUUGUGUGAAAUCAGAUUGAUCUGUGUCGUUGUGCUUUAUAUGAUUCAAACCUUUUGAUGUUUGCGAUGGAAGCAAGUGUUCAGAAAAUUUAAUGCCUAAUUUAAAUGUUAUUGGAUCCUACCCUACUUACCAAUGCCAGCAAUCAACUCAACAAGAACGGCUCAAAUAUUUACAUGAUCACAAUUCGAUAAACUCUUUCCAUAAACUCAAGUCAGCGUGUCAAUUUUGAGAACCUGCUUGGAGCCUAAAGUGUGAAUAUCGUGUUAAAAAGCCACCAUGGUGGUAAUUAAACGAGCAACAACCGUGUUAUGUCCCUUCAUUUGAAUGCCUUUUUCUGGUGCUAUUUCAUCGUGGAGUGUUUGCCUGAGCAAUUUUCAAUGUCAGCGCGGAGUUUACUUUUGAUUCAGAUAGUCUGGCAAUAUUUACUUCUUCCUCGCAAGAUGUUCCAAGCAAAAGGAUCGCGAGAAAGACGAAUUCAAUUUCCUUGUAAACUCGGGUCAUUCAUAGCAUAUGAUUUUGCCAUUAGGAAAUUAAAUUCUGAAUUUAUUGAUCGGCAAAUAACUGAAAGGGGAAAACUUGUUGGUACAGCACUUCAACCUUAAAAGAAAUCAAUCGAAACAACCAAAAUGGCGGGCAUCGAUCACUAAGAUAUCGUGAUUUCUCGCGAGCGUGACAAAGUGUUCGUCUGUGUAAGGGAACUGGUUUUUGUUAAUCUGUGUAUGAGGCGAUUGAUCCCGGGCAUUAAGCAGACGACACUAGCCAUAAUGGCCGCCACUCUCAAUUAUUCAAUACCCAGCAUAUUAUAAAUUUGUUCAAUCAUAUAUUUUGAAUGCGUCUGAGAAAGAAAUACUUAUUUUUGUAUGUUGUCAUUGAAUAACAUUUUUUUUAUGGAAAAGAAUAGAAAUUUUUGUAUUUCCAUGUCUUUUAGGAGAACUGAGUUUAAGAGUGUGUCGUAGAGUGUCCUAGAUUUGUGUAAUUUUUACAAUACGUGCUUCAAGGCCCAUUUCCUUAGGAUUGUUAAAAAAUUAAAUAGUGAAAAAGACUGAUGUCAAAACAACCAAGACACCCAGGUUAUCCAUUAUUAUUUUAUUUUUCGAUAAAGAAAAUAUCCCUUAAUUGAUUUGCACCCAUCCAGAAAUUAAUUUGUAUUAAAUUAAAGACACUCCGUCCUGAACCACUGAUAAGAAGGAACCACGCCGGAAAACCCCGAUGAACUUACUCGGCCAACACAGGGAUCGAAGACGGAACCUCCAGGUUGGCGGGUCAAAGUCUCGCCCACUGAGCCACAAGACGGGCAUACGUCAUACAAUGUGCUACAGCCUACUAGUAUUUUGAAUAGACAUUGUUUCUUGCCAGAUCCCCAACCCCGAAGCACUGAAAACGGGAAACCACGCCGGAAAAUUACGAGAAAUUUUCUCCGAUGUGAACCCGAAAUACUUCUUGGUUAGCAAAUCAGCCCUUUCUUCGCUGAGUCACCGCGGCUUCCCCAAUGUCGGCAUCAAUGACUUGUAAAACGGCAAUACUUUCCAGUGUUUACAUUACGGGUGCUAUUUGAUUUAAACGGUAGGAAAACGUUGCGAAUUUCGAACGGGUUCCUUUGUCUUAUAAAAUAUUCUCCAUUAAAGGGAUGUCUGGAUAUGUAAACAUAAAAACUUCAGUUUUACCCCCAAAAUAAUAUGAACAAAUAGGCAAGAAAACCCAUCUUACACCACUAAUGUAAAUUUCUAGAAAUGGCGCCAUUAGUAGUAUAUUAUUCUACUGUAUAAAACUAUGGUGGGCCGAUGUUCACUUACUGUCU